AACACUUUUCCAGCGCGGACCGUUUCCUCUUUUUCUGCCUCUUUUUCACUCAUUUGUUGCUUUUAAUGUGUCAUUUCAUAGACUGCAGGAAAACGAUCAUUUCGGGAAUAUUUAGCGCUACGAUAUCAACACAAAUGUGAUUUUUUUGGCCGUUAAAUGACACAAAUAACGAGACAGAGAUGGCUCAGAUUGGUCCAGAUGUUUGUGAACAUCAGCUGAACGGAGUCUCAGAGGACAUGGAUCUGCUUCAGAUAGACGUGGAGACGGAUGCGCCGGAAGACAGACCCGAGAGACAAGCGGCACCGUUUUCAAAAAAUGUGCUGAGGAAGCAGCGGCACUGGGAGAGGCAGCUGGCGGCCAAGAAAAGCAAGAGGAAAGAAGAGAAGCAGCGGAGGAAGCUGAACCGGGAGCAGCAGGAUUCGGGCACCAGCGCAGAUAAUCCUCAGUUUACCAAAAGGGUCAUGAAAGCGAUCACCAGAGAGCGACUAGCCGAGGCUCAGUCGGCGGGGCUCAAACUCUGCGUUGACCUGAGUAUGACGGACAGCAUGUCUGACAAGGAGAUCAGUCGGCUGGCUGGACAGUUACGAAGGCUGUACGGCUCGAACAAGAAGGCGACUCGACCGUUUCACGUUGUCCUGACUGACCUGAGAGAGGACAGCCGUCUCUACAGAGAGUGCCUGAGGAUGAACGAAGGCUUCCUCAAAUACAUGAUGGACAUAACAGAAGAAAGCUGCCUGGACCUUUUUCCGCCUGAAAGUGUCGUCUACCUCACACCAGAUGCUGAAGACGCUUUAGAAACAGUCGACGCUGAUAAGGUGUACGUCCUCGGCGGCCUCGUGGAUGAGAGCAUCCAGAAGAAGUUGAGCUUCACGAGGGCGAGACAACUGAGCGUCCGCACGGCGAGGCUGCCCAUAGACGAGUACAUGGUGAAGAAAAACAACGCCAAGAACUUCCACUCAAAGAUCCUCGCUGUUAAUCAGGUGUUUGACAUCUUAUUGACGUUUUGCAAAACCGGCAGCUGGACAGAAGCUCUGCAGACAUGGUUCCCCCAGGGGAAGGGUUUUAUUGUUGCACCAGAGGACACCCCGCCGCUUCCUGUCUCUCCAUCACAAACGUAGCACCUGGAUUCAUCUUAAUUUAUACUUUUUACAGAAACCUUUUUGGAUUAUGAUUAAUCAUGUUAAUUAACCUGAUGGGAGUCAAUCUGAUGCGAUAAGUGCCCGGUUGAGGAAAUAUAACACACUAUUAUGCGCUGUGUGUUUGUAAUAGACAGAAACAUAAAACAGAACAUCGAGGGAAUUCAAUUUUUUAAAAAAAUCAUGAAAUCAUAAAACUGUAAACCAAAAAUCUUAAAAUCAAGUAAGAUACAACAUUUCAGCAUUGUGAAGUGUGAGAAGAGAGUGUUUCGGGCUAUUAUGAGGAAAAUGUGUGUGGAAAAAGUGUUGAAAUAAGUUUAGCUCAUUUUUUUUUGACCCAUUUCUUGCAAA